AUGAGCACUCUUCCCCCUCUUCCCACGAUAGCUGGGCUCGGCCUCCUCGUGGCUAUUGGCAUCGCCCUUUUCAGUCGCUAUCACGCUUUGCGACAUAUACCAGGACCACGGCUAGCUUCAAUCACAGAUUUAUGGGCAGCAUGGCGCGUGUUCCGAGGCGAGUACUACAUGGACGUCGUCGCGGAACUUCAUAGCAAAUACGGUCCUGUCGUCCGUACUGGGCCGAACCGGGUUUCGUUUGCUAGCCCUGAUGCCAUCGCCGACAUCUAUGGCACUUCAUACGUCUAUCCGAAGGCAGACUCAUAUAGUCCGAUGACGGUACUUGCCAAUGGUCAAGAACUAGCAACACUCGUCACAACGAGGGACGAGAAGCGGGUUACUGGAAUAAAAAGGCACAUCUCGGCCGGCUUCUCAGCGAGCACAUGGCUGAAGCAAGAAGACCAAAUAGACGAAACGAUCAGCAUCCUGCUCGACCAACUCCGCUCGAGAUCGGGUACCACUAUCUCCUUAAACCGGUGGCUCAGUCUCUGGUCUUUCGACACUCUCACCACCCUCGCCUUCAGCGAAACACGUGGUUUUCUCAAAGCCGGCACUGAUCUCGACGAUGUCUUCGCCAGCAGCCAAAAGCGCUUCGCUCACUGGAGACACUGGGCUCUGGCGCCAAACCUCGAAGCCCUGAUCUACAAGAACUGGCUGAUGCAAAAAUUCCAAAAGACCUCCACCUCCCUGGCGCAAAUGGCCAUCACUCGGAUUCAGCAACGUAAAGCGGCAGAUAAGAAUGCUACAGGAAGAGAUCUCCUUGAUCGAUAUCUUGCUGCUAGUCAGGAAGCUCCAGAUGUGAUCAGACCUCACGACGUAGUCGCAUUGACGAUUUCGACGAUCCAUGCUGGCUCGGACACGGUAGCUCUCACGACUUCGCUGGCAUUAUCCUAUGCGCUAAGCAACCUGCCAAUCUUCCGGAGGUUAGAGCAAGAAAUUCUGGCAGCUGGUUUGGACCCCUUCGUUCCAGUACAAUUCGCUGACGUCGAGAGACUGCCUUACUUGGAUGCUCUACUUCGAGAGACACUACGCUUCACCGUCAAUCCCAACAUCAACGAGAGGACCAUCACGUCCUCUCCCCUGGGCGGCGUCACGAUUUGCGAUACUUUCAUCCCAGCCGGUACCGAUGUUGCAGUCUCCGAUUGGGACGUUACACGCUCUAAAGCAGUUUUUGGCGCCGAUGCUGAAAUUUUCAGACCUGAGAGGUGGUUGGAUAUAGACGAAAAAACGCGAAGAGACUAUGAUCGAGCUAGUAUGGGAUUCAGCUGGGGCAGAAGAAUGUGUAUUGGACAACAUUUGGCGAGGAUUGAAAUGAAGAAGUUGGUUGCGACUUUGGUGAGGAGUUUCGAGAUGGAGCCUGUGAAAGUUGGCGAAGCUGGCUGGGGUGGAGGUUUCAAGGCAUGCAAUCUGGACGUCAAAAUGUCUGAAAGGAAAAGUUGA